AGAGAAGUCCUACACAAACAGAUAAAAACGAGGAAAAUAGCACUUGCAGCUAUGGGAAAACCCCGAGCUAACGUUGCUAGAACAAUUCAGCUAGACACUCAAAUGGAGUUGGAACAGGCCGGAUCCUCCCAGUCCCAGAUAGUAUUGGGUCUUCCCUCUCUGCAGGAAACUGGUGACACGCAAGUGGAAUUCGAACAUUCGAGCUCCUCCCCAAUAAUAUUGGGUCUCCCAUCUGUGCAGAAAAUUGGUGAAACUAUCAAAGUAUCAGAUAUAAAUGAUUCUAAAUCACCGUGUAAUCCAAUUCAGCAAGAGGCUGAAAACGAAAUCGAUUCCACAGAAGAAGAACAGGAUCAGAUGAAAUUAAAUGAUACCACCACAAUGGAAGAACAAGAUGAACCUUACUUUCUUACUGAUAAACCUUACUUUCACUGCAUCCUUGGGAAAACACAACUCCAUAACAUGGGGAUUCCUAAAUCUGUCAAUCAACUACUUCCAGAAAAAGAGGUUCCAGUCAAUCUUUCCUACAGAAACAAGACCUGGAAGGUGAAAUAUCAAGGCAAUCGUGUGACCAAAAAGUUUGAUUCAAGCUGGAAACAUUUUGUUCAUGAUAACAACCUCAGAUUUGAAGAUGGCUGCGUUUUUGAACUCACUGAGCACCGCGACAAUUGUAUCAACUUCAGAAUUCAGAUUCUUGAUGGUGAUAUCCCGUCUGAGUUGCUUGAUCGGGUCGAGGGCCAGACUAUAGAACAUCCAAUUACUAUAGGCUGAGACUAAUUAGGAUAAUGAGUUAGUAGUGUUUGUUGGAUCACUAACAUAUCUAGAAUGUAAGAAUCCUUUACAUUAGUAUAUAAUACUUGCACAAUGUAUCUCCAAAUCUUGUGAUCAGGGAAUGAACAGAGCUUUAAAAAAUAUCCUAAUUCCUGAGUUAUGUUCUGCACCCCUGCUUUUC